AUGUGCAACUUUGUUUUUACUUCUAUGUUGUUCGGUGUUAGGGUUCCAAUUUACUAACUUUCUGAUGGAUCAGUGCGCCCAUAACUUCGCAGGAGCAUCCAACACAAAAGAUCCACAUCCAGCCGCGCAGAUCGGAGCUUUGGACCCUUCUUCGGUUAGCAACAUCGCCCAUGGAGUGGCUGCUGGAGCACCUGUUAUCGACGUCUUCCUGUUUUUUUUCCCCAAAUCUCCCCGUGUUCGUGUUGCUGCGUGCGGCGGUGUGCUUGUGGUGAGGCGCCGGUGGUGUUCUCUCUCUCGUUGGUGGCUCUGUAGUGGGAGCGUCGGAUCUGUUGUUGCUUCCUCGUCGUUCUGCUGGGCGUCAGGGUGGCUGUCGACAGGGUUUGGUUCCCUCGAGCUGCUUGGUUCUGUGUUUAUUUCUUCCCUCCUUGUUCUCACGAGCUGCUGGAUUUGCGGAAGUGAGCCGUGGUGCUGGUAUACCUGUGGAGGUGGUUACUCAUAGUACUGUGGAAUUCAACAACGGUUUACAAUGAACAUGGAGUGACAGCUUAGUGACGCCUUCAGACUCCCAUGUGUAUGGGAAAGAAUUGGUCUAUAUCGUCAGUGGGUUCGCGCAAGCUGGAGACAAUCAGCGACUACCUCCGGUGAGGUGAUAAGUGCGAGUGUGCUUUAUCACGACUUAAUAUCCUAGUAUCAAGACACAUUAUACACACAGACAAAGCUUGAUUAUACACAGCAAUUCAGGAUCACGGAUUUGUUAAGAUUUCCAGUAUUUGAUAAAUACUCAUCCAAGUCACGCUCUCCAUAUGUCCUGCCGGACGUGUUCACUUCGUCUUCACGUGCUCUUGGUUGUUCGUUUCGUUCUGUCGCUGUGAGGCGAGGUUCACGUUGCUGGAUCUAAGUUGACAAGGACCCUGUCUGAGGUGUUUGGCGGACUAACGAAGGAUCGCGUGACUGGUAGCUCUAUUGCUGGGAAACCUGUGGAAUGCGGCUUCUAGGAGUGUCAAGUUUGUCUAUCAGUACCGAGUGUAGAAGAAGUUGAACGAAUGUUGCGUGGGCUCAUGCUAUUGAGGAACGGUUUGCCGAAUCCUUCGCUCUGUGCGAUAGAUCUUCGGCUUGGUGUAGUUGAAGCACGAUUUGUGGUGUCGAAGCAUUAACUAGGAUUUGUUUCGAGUUGCUGCUGUGACGAUGCUGCAUUGGUGGGGAAGGUGAAUGUAUCCAGCAGUGUGGAAGUGGAGUGACAAUCUAUCGUCUCCUCUGAUGAACAGACGAUUGUCUUCUACGUGAUCUGCCCUUGUUCCAGUCGUCAUCACCUUCAUGUUCUUGCUGCCGAUGCUCAAGGCGUUUUGUUGUUCUACGUGCUGUCUUCAAUCUCACUUGCACCUGCACUGGACACUUGAAGCAGGCGCCUCGGAAGGUCUUGUGGGUUAGUUACUCCGCAUAGGAUGAUAAAAUAAAUGUUAAAAGUAUUUAAAACGAUUGUGGUAUCAGCAGCAUAGCACUGUUGAACUCAAUCAAGGUUGAUUCUGUAAGUCACUGGUCAUCCUAGUUUUUUUCCAAUACUGUCUCGUUCGUAAACCGUAAGUGUCGAGAAAUCCUCAUCGUAGACCAGAAUAGAGAGAGGAAGUCUUGUUACCACAACCCAUAGGAAGUCGUAGGAAGUUGCAAGAAUGAUCAGCACUUAACAAUUACACAAGAGGACACAUUAAAUCUGCAGAAAGAUUGAAGGGAUCGUGUGAAGCUGAGUGCAAGAAGAUCGAAAUUUCUACCUUGUUCCAAUUAGCCUUCGACGCAUUUUAUUCUUCAGUGAGAAUUUCUAGAAUGGAUGAAAUUGUACAUGUACUUGGAUAAAAUUUGG